CGCGCCGCAGGAGCCAUGAUCCCCUCUCACGCCGCCACCAGCAGGGCCAAUGGCUUCGCCCCUCGCUACUCACCGGGACAGAACCCCCCCGCACGGGGCUCCUCUUCGGGGAACGCCGAGCUCAUACUGCUCAGAGACACGCAAGCACCGCCACCGCCAUCGCCAUCAUCAGCAGCAGCAGCACCGCCCGCCGUAUCCGACGCUCUUCUUCUCGAGUCUCGAGGUGCCGCGCUGAGUCGCGACCCCGCGGCGCCGCCGGGCAGCGCUGGGGAAGCUCCGCGAGACACGUGGGGGAGGAAGGUGGACUUCCUGCUGUCCGUCGUCGGCUUCGCCGUGGACCUGGGCAACGUGUGGCGGUUCCCUUACGUGUGCUACCAGAACGGUGGAGGAGCCUUCCUCUUCCCCUACAUGGUGAUGGUUGUGUUUGGGGGGGUCCCUCUCUUCUACAUGGAGCUGGCGCUGGGGCAGUUCCACCGAACGGGAGCCAUCUCGCUGUGGAGCAAGAUCUGCCCCCUCUUCAAAGGCGUGGGCUACGCGAUCUGCGUGAUGUCGCUCUACGUCGCCUUCUACUACAACACGGUGAUCGCCUGGGCGCUGUUCUACCUCUACUCGAGCCUCACCGCGGAGCUGCCCUGGGCGCACUGCGACAACGCCUGGAACACUCCCCACUGCUCCGACUACUUCCUGCGCGACAACUCCACGUGGGGGGCGCACUCGCGAUCGCCCGCCGAGGAGUUCUACACGCGGCACGUGCUGGGCCUGCACAACGCGUGGGGGCUGGAGGACGUGGGCUGGCUGCGUUGGCCGCUCGUGGCGUGCGUCGCGCUCGUCUUCCUCGCCGUCUACUUCUCCCUGUGGAGGGGGGUGCGCACGUCCGGCAAGGUGGUGUGGUUCACCGCCACGUUCCCCUACCUGGUGCUGGGCGUGCUGCUGGUGCGCGGGGCCACCCUGCCCGGCGCGUGGCGCGGGGUGCGCUUCUACCUCACCCCCAACUGGGACCGCCUCCUCGACAGCGAGGUGUGGGUCGCAGCAGCGGCCCAGGUGUUCUUCUCGCUGGGCCCCGGCUUCGGGGUUUUGUUGGCGCUGGCGAGCUACAACCCCUUCCACAACAACCUGUACAGGGACGCGAUUGUGACCAGCUCCAUCAACUGCGCCACGAGUUUCAUCUCGGGCUUCGUCAUCUUCACUGUGCUGGGAUACAUGGCGGAGAGGCGCGGCGAGAAGGUGGAGGACGUGGCGAAGAACAUUGGCCCGAGCCUUCUCUUCAUCACCUACCCCGAGGCGAUCGCCACGAUGCCCGGCGCGCCAUUCUUCGCUGUCAUCUUCUUCAUCAUGAUGGUCACCCUGGGGCUGGACAGCACGUUCGGAGGGCUGGAGGCGAUCGUCACGGCGGUGACCGACGAGUUCCCCCGUGUGUUCUCGCGGCGCCGCGGGCUCCUCCUGCUCCUCGUGGUGUUCACCUGUUUCCUGGGCUCGCUGAGCACGCUCACUCAGGGAGGCGCCUAUGUGGUGAAACUGCUGGAGGAGUUUGGCACCGGAGUGGCCAUCAUCGCUGUGGUUUUGUUCGAGUCCAUCGCAGUCUCCUGGUUCUACGGUGUCAGGCGGUUCUCGUCCGACAUUAAGGACAUGCUGGGCUUCACGCCCGGCUUGUUCUGGCAGGUGUGCUGGGCGGCGUUCUCCCCCAUCUUCCUCUCCCUAAUCUGCUUGAGCUUCCUGCUGACGACUCCGCAGCUGCGACUCUUUGACUACGCGUUCCCCCCGUGGAGCAUCUCCGUGGGCUACGUGGUGUCGGCCUCCUCCUUCGUGUGCGUGCCGCUCUACAUGAUCUACGCGCUGGUCCGCGCGCCCGGCACACUGCGGCAGAGGCUGCGCGCGGUGGUGACGCCUGAGGCGAAAGGGAGGUCUCAACCUGGCCUCGCGUCUCCCCUCGCAGUCACGUCCCACGCCUGAGCGAGACAGCAGGGGGCCUCUGGGCUUGCCCUGAAAGGGAGAGAGAGAGGGAGCAAGAGUUCUCGGCCUUGCCCCCUGAGAUGCUCCUGCGUGGCCCCGUGGGAGACUGCGGCUUCAGCAAAGAAGAGUUGAGAGUGGUGGGGCACUGCCAACUUCUGGAUCACCCCCACCAUGAAAUUGCAUUCCGGCGACGAGGAACUUAACAAAACGAUAGCAUCACACAUCACAACAACAACAACAAUGACACACGUCGAUUAUGGACCGAUGUAUACAAUCAGGGAACAACUAAUGCGUGGUAAUUGUUCCCACAAUUUAUUUAGGGAGCUGAGUGGUUAUGAGGUGCAGGAUGAUGAAGGGGUUGAGAAUGAGAUGUAUGAGUGGGUUGUGGAAGAGGUGCAAAGAGAACAUGUGAUUGGAGAUUCAUUAUGAGUGGGCUUGGAAAAUAUUGAAGAGGUUCAGGAAUCUGGGGAGCAUGGGGAGGGUGGAGAAUUGGGCCCAGGAAUACAAUCGUUACGUGGAUUAUGUAUUCACCUCAGAAACAAUUCUACCAAUGAUGCAACG